UCUGUGAAUUGAGUCAUUUAUUGUAGCGAGAGGUAAUGAGCAGCAAGCAACAAAAAGUCACGGGAACAGCUGAGCGCUUGGUUGGGAUACUGCUGGAGCCACAGGCCCGGCAGCACUCAGGUGGGGCCAGGAGGGUGGACGUGUCGCCCAGUGCCUUCAGCAGCACCAACACGCCGGGUUCCAGCGGCGCUGCGUCCGGCACCGGGCCCCUCACCCUGCGCUGGCUGCAAGAGCCUCCGCCCUGCUGCCUGGGUGCCCUCAGCCCCGGUGAGGUGUGAUGGCAUCACAGAGGGUGGCACGGAACGGCCACUGUGACCUGCGGGGUGCAGAACAGAGCCGAGGCUGCGGGGCUCAGGCCGAGCUCAGUGCGACUUGGUGAGGUGAGCAGGGAGGAAGGGGCUGCCUGAGGCUGCCCAGGGAGGAGGCUUCCCCAGCGCUCGGGGCCGGAGCUGAGAACUCAGCCUCGUCCCGCUUCUCCCCUAGGUUGUCACGCGGAGGAGAAAGCCUGGUUUUGCUGGGACAGACACUCUGCGAGUGCUCGCCGUUGAUGCACACGAUGUCCGAGGGGACUCAGGAGGCCGCCGGCUCGAGUGAGCCAGCAUGCGUGCUCUGUGGCCGAGUGGAUAACCAGAAAUCCAUCUUCGGCAGGAGAUACGAGAUGUAUGGGAUGUGUUUCCAUGCAUUUUGUGUGGGAUUUGCCAACGGUCUUUGUCAACAUGGAAUAGACAAUCAAAAUAAAGGUCUGUUCCACGUUGAAGACCUCAUACGCACCGUGAGGCAGGCAGAGCAGACGCUCUGCUUUGUUUGUGGCCAGCGCGGGGCCACCAUCACCUGCGCGGAGACGGGCUGCGACCGCAGCUUCCAUUUCCCCUGCGCCAACAAGGGUCAAUGCGUCACCCAGCACUUUGACCGACACUGGUAA